CCUGCUUUUGAAUGAGUGUGGCUUGACGCUUUCUUGGCUCUUAGUUCAGCGGGUUUGUGGACAGUGCAACUGUUUAUUUUAUCAGAGUUUAAUGUCCAUUUAAGGUUUCUGGUAUUUAUAGGGGGAUAGGUGGAGAUGGCGGCCGUCCUGCUGCAGGUUCUGGAGCGGACGGAGUUAAAUAAACUCCCGAAAGGCGCCCAGAACAAGCUCGAGAAGUUUGUAACGGAGCUGCAAAAUGCUAACGAGGCGCUCAGGACGCAGCAUGAGCGGUUCAAAGCAGACAGUGAACAGCAGUACUUUGACAUUGACAAGAGACUGGCAGAAAGUCAGGAACAGAUCCUGUCAGCCACCAGAGACCUGCAGACACUCAAGGAGGAAAACAAAAAACUCAAUGAAGAGCUGAGCACUCUGAAGGGAAUAGAGGGAGAGACCUCUGAAGAUAAACCACCACAAGAGCAAACCAAAGCCAAGUAUGAGAUUGAGGCGGAGAAGAGAGAGCUGGCGAGGAUGCUGGAGAAGAGAACACAGGAGGUGGAAAACCUCAGUGAGGAUGUGAAGCGUCUGAAUGAGAAGCUGACAGAGACCAGCAAAGUGAAGAUGGAGCUGCAGUUGAAACUGGAUGAUGUCCAAUCAUCUGAGGCUUCUGUACAGCACCGAGAGAAGCGAAUGGAGCAGGAGAAAGAGUUACAGGAGAAGAAAAUCGAGUGGUUAACUACACAACUGAAGACCAAAACUGAAGAACUGUUGAACACUAACAGAGAGAAAGGCAAAGAGAUACUGGAACUACAGGGUGGUCUGAGGAACAGCAAGGAGCAGGUGACCAGGCUGGAAAGACAACUCACCUCUCUGAAGCAAACCAGUGAAAGUCAGAGUAAAAGAGCCGAAGACCUCAACAACAAACUGAAACAGUCUAAAGACGAGCAGAGUUCCAUGGAGGAGAAAUACCGCAAUGAGCUCAACGCUCAUAUCAAGUUGUCAACCCUGUACAAGGGGGCGGCGACAGACAUGGAGACAAAGAAUCAAGAACUGAGCAGAGCAGUGGAAGAGCUCAGCAAGCUGGUUAAAGAAACUGGGGAAGCCAAUAAGGCUCUAGAAAAGAAGGUGUCGGAGGGAGAAGAACUGAAGAAGCGGCUUGAGGCAGAGCUUGGAGAGAAGGUCAAGAAAAUGGAGAAGGAGCUCGAAAACGCCACAAUGAAGGUUGCUGGCAAACACUGCUGUGUGCGCCCUCUGAGUGAGGAGCAGUUGGACACCAUGUGUCCAUCAGCAGCUGCCAUCGCUGCCAUUGUCAAGCCCGGCAUGAAGUUCUUUGAUCUGUAUAAUGCGUAUGCAGAAUGUCAGACACACCUUCAGCUUGAGAAGCAGGAGACCAGGAGAGUGAGCAGAGUUCUGGAUGAGAUUGUACAGGAGAUAGAGUCCAAGGCUCCUGUCCUCAAGCGUCAGCGAGAGGAGUACGAGAGCAUGCAGAGAUCCAUGGCCUCUCUGUGCAACAAGCUGGAACAGGCUCGAACGGAGAUCUACAGUUUGCAGAAAGAGAAAGAAGAGGCCAAGCAGCGCUGUGAUACCAUGGAGAGAGACAAAAUGAGGCUAGAGAGACAGCUAGAGGAUACAUCUGCACAGGUGUGUUCUCUUCUGGUGGAUCUGGAGGAAGCCAGAGGGAACCAGGUGACCAAGGAAGACGGCAGCUCCGCCAACAUUUCCAGCACCUCUGAGGUCAUCAGUCCACGCCAGCUGUCCUUCCGCAGUGUGGAGGAGCUGCAGAGGCAGAACCAAAGUCUGCUGAGCAGGCUGAGGCAGCUGGAGGAGGAAAAAGACAGACAGCAGAGCCAAGUGACAUCAGCGCGUGUGUCAGAGUUGGAGGCUAGUGUGGAAAAGCUUGAGAAGGAGGUUGAGCAGCUGAAAGAGCAGAGGAACCAGCAGAAACAGCUGGCUGACUCCAACGCCAGACAGAGAGACAUGUACAAGGUCCUGCUGACACAGAGCACCGGCUUCAGCCUGCCUACUCAAGGUUCGGAUUCUUCAUCCCACCCGGCACACAUUAGGCCUUCAGUCCCAGCUACUCGCUCUACUCCUCAGAGAGCUGCUGCUGCUGAGUCAGCACAGACUGCUCAGGCUAAAGCUGCUUUAAAACAGCUGAAUGAUGCCUUCACUCUGUAUAAGAAGGAGAAGGCAGAGAACGACAAGAUGUCAAAUGAGACAAACGACAGGUUACAGAAGCAGCUGACGGAUCUUCGCUCCAGCCACGCCAAGCUGACCUCUCAGCUAGAGUUCAGCAGCAAGAGGUACGAGAUGCUCCAGGACACCGUAUCAGCCUAUCGCAGAGAGAUCUCUGCCCUGCAGGACAGGAACCAAAAAAUGGCUGCAACAGCCCAACGACAUGAGCACAUCAUUCACACAAUGAGCCAGGACCUCCGACAGGCUAACGAAAAACUGGCACUGGAAGAGGUGCGAGUGGAGAACGUGUCUAAAGAGAGAGACAUGUUGAGACAAGCAGAGAGUCGACUCAAUCGAGAAAAGGAAGCCAUGCUGGCUGAGCAACGUAACCAGAAUCUGCUGCUCACCAAUCUCAAGACUAUACAGUUGACAAUGGAGCGUACAGAGACGGAGACUCGCCAGCAGCUGAACAACAAGAUAGAGCAUGUGGAGGCAGAACUGUCUUCAAUGAAGACCAGGCUGGACCAGGAAGUAGCACAGAGACAUGCCCUUGGACGCACCAUGGACGCUCAGUUAUUAGAGGCUAAAAAACAGCUGGAGACACAGAACACCUUACAGCAGAAGACCAGGGAGUUGUUGCGUAGCUCUGAGCAGCAGGUGGCAGCACUGAAAGCCCAACUGGCUUCUGCUUCCUCUGAGGCUGUUACCACCCCCAGCAACACAGCCAACCCUGCUACCAGAGCUGCCGGCCUCAGGGCACCACUUAGAGUACGCUCUCCAGGGCCCGCAGCCUCCCAGCAGCUCAGCCAAUCGGAGCAGGAGCUUGCAGAGUUGAAAGGUCUUCUGCGUACUGCUGAGGAACAAAACAACGAACUAGCAGAGCAGCUAAAGAAUGCCAAUGCUACUGUAGAGCAGUACAGGGCUGUGGUACUGACUCUGGAAGACAGUCUGAAGAAAGAAAAGGAGUCUCGCUCCCCUCUUGAGCUCCGGCUGAAGGAGUCCCAGGAGGUGCAGAAGCAGCUGGAGAAGAGGAUUUUAGAGUUGGAGAAAAUGAAGCAGCAGGAGAGAGAAGAGAGGAGAAAGGCUGUGGAUGCAGUGGAAAAACAAAUGUAUGAGGUGCAGCGCAGUCUGAAGUCCAGCCAGGCAGAGCAACAGGAGGCACUGGAGAGAGCUACCUCUGCUGUUACACUGGAGCAGAAGGCCAUACAGGAAAGCCUCCUGCAGACUAAGCUAGCUGGAGAAGCACAGGCCAAGUAUGAGCGGGAGCUCAUGCUUCAUGCUGCUGAUGUAGAGGCCCUGCAGGAGCUGAAGAAAAAAAACCAGCAAGAUGCAGCACAGAAGAGGGAGUUGGAGGAGCAACUGAGCAAAAUCUCGUCCCUCCUGCAGGAGAAGGCUGCAGCUUUGAACACCGUGGAGAGACAGCUGAAGGAGGAUCUGUCUAUUAAGAGUCGUCGUUGUGAGGAGCUGGGGAAGCAGAAUGCUCUCCUGCACCAACAGAUGGAUGAAAUGGCCACCAAGGGUCGUCUGCUGCAAAACCAGCCACAGCAGCUCGACCUGUCAUUCAGUGAAGAGGGCAAGACCACUGAACAGAUACUAGAAAUACUCAGGUUUGUGCGGAGUGAAAAGGAGAUUGCUGUGGCUCGGUGUGACGCGUCUGAUAGAGAAGCUCUUCGCUACAAACAGCGAGUGGAACACCAAGACAGACAACUGAAGGAUCUAGAGGAAUCUCUGAACUCUGAGCGGGAGAAAAUGCAGGCUACAGCGAAGACUCUGGCCCAGCAGGAGGAACAGCUGAAGAAGAUGGAAAAUAUUGGUGCUCUCCAAGAAACCAACAGGAUGCUGAAAAUGGACCGAGAUAAACUGGAGCAAGAGCUGCAACAAGCUCAGGCUAAAGUUACAAAGCUCCAGUCAGACAUCAGCCCACUACAUCACUCUUUAUCUCAGCUGUCAGAGAGAAAUGGCUCCCUGCAAGCUGAUAAGAGGAUACUGGAAGAAGACCUCAAACGCUGGAAGGCCAAAACACAGCAACUGCUUAGCCAACAGAAAGAUGGUGAUGUUGAGGAGAGACAGAAACUCGCCACUGAGAAAGAAGCUCAGCAGAAACGCAUCACACAGCUAGCUGAAGAGACAGCCAAGCUGAAGACUGAACUGGCAAGAUCCAGUGCCAGCAGUAACUCAGCUCAGUCUCAGCUGCAAGCCCUCAGAGACUCGGUGGCCCGUCUGACGUCGGAGAGAGACACUCUGAAGAAAGACCUGGAAACAAAAAACACCGACAUUCUAGAGAAGAACAAGACCAUCACCCAGGUCAAGAAGAUUGGACGACGCUACAAGACCCAGUAUGAGGAGCUCAAGGUCCAGCAUGACAAGCUGGUUGAGGAAACAGCUGCUAAAGCAGGAAGUGAGGCAGGUCCAAGCCAGGAGGUGCAGCAGGAGCUGACUAAAACCCAGGAGGAGCGCAAUAAGGCCAGAGAGGAGCUAAACACACUGAAAGCGGAAUUGCAGAAAAAACUGGAGGAGGCCCAGAAGUCCCAGCAGGAGUUUGAGGAGUACAGGAAGGAAAACCAGCAGACCGUGGAAAAGUUGCAGGAGACCGAGACUCGACUGCAGCAGAAUCAGAACCUGCUGACCCAGGCUCAGAAAGACCUUCAGCAAACCAAGACCCACAGCCAGCAGGUACAGAACCAAUUAAAAUCGGCUCAGUCUCAAGCGCAGGCUCGUCAGAACCAGAUUCAGCAGAUCCAGAAGGAGCUCCAGCAGGCUAAAGAAGCCCUUCAGCAGAACCUCGCUAAUCAAAAAGAGCUGCAGCAGACCCAACAAAGCAGCCAACAGAGCCACAACCAGGAAGUCGGCAACAUCAAGACUGCUCUCAGCCAAGCAGAGAGCAAGGUGACUGAUCUUCAGAGCCAACUGGACAGCCUGCAGAAGAUAAUUGGUGAGCGUGAAGCAGACAUUAAGCGUCUGCAGGAGCAGCUUUCUGAAGCCAACCAGGCUAAUGAAGCUAGCCGAGCCACACAGGCCAACCAGAGCCAGAGUUCCCCGUCCAUCCAAGCCAGUGAUGCUAACGUUGCUAGUGACGGUAACCAGGCCCUACAAGAGGAGCUGGCUAAACUCAGACAAGAGCUGUCUGAGAGCAAGACCAGAGAGGAGCAGCUCAGGCAGCAGAUAGCUGAAAAAGAGGAAAAGACUAAGAAGGUCUUCAUGGGAGCCAAAACCAAAAUCAACCAACUAAACAGUGCUAAAGAGAAGCUCACUCAGGAGAUACAAGAAGUGAAACAGAGUAAGGAGGAACUGGAGGUGAGAAUGAACGCCCUGAAGUCUCAGUAUGAAGGACGGCUUCUUCGGCUGGACAGAGAGCUGAGAGAACUGAGAGAGACGCAACCACAGUCCGACCCUAGAGAGGAACCACAGGACCAGAGUGGAGCUAAGGUGGGUGAUCAGACCAGAUCUGCAGACCAGAGACAGAUAUCUUUGAAGAGUCCUGCCCAAGACAGGGGGAGCUCCAGCCUGUCUGACCCUCCCACUGCCAACAUCCGCCCCACAACAAGUACUCCAUCUCCUAGCAACAAGCCAAGCCCCUCCCCUGGUAACAAGGCCACGCCCCGUGCCAGCAUCCGGCCAAUGGUUACCCCGGCAACUGUCCCCAUCCCAACACCUACUGCCACGGUCAUGCCUACCACACAGACUGACAGCCAAGAGGUGCUGAUGAGUGCAGGAGCCUCUGUACACUCUACCAGCUCCAGUCUGGUGAACACGGCCACAUCAAUAACUCAGCCAACCAGCACUCAGGCCACCGCUUUUGUCCAGCCCACUCAGCAGCAGGCAGCCAAUCAGGAUGCAGGCCCCAGUGUGGAGGCAGAACGACCAUCUACGUCCUCUUCUCUGGGUGGAACAGGUUCAAAGCGAGGCCGAGAGGACGAGGAAGAGGAGAGCAGACCAGAGAGUUCACACACACCUCCAACGACAAAAAAACUAAGACUUAAACCAACAAUAGCACUACAGAUGGAAGGUGAUGAGGAGAUUGAAGGAGAGCUGAGGGAUGAAGGAGAACGACAGGAUUCGCCAGAUGACAGUCAGGAGCUUCCAGAGGAUUGUUACCCCAAUUUAGCUGAAGAUGACGAAGACAUCGAGGAAGUGUCCCAGUCUGUCCCCUCCGAUAUGAUGUCCUCUCAGGGCUCCGCUAUUGUUCGGGACGUCAUCGUGAUCGAUACGGACAGCGAGAGCCGUGAGAGCAAAGAGGGGGAGGAGAAGCAGGAGGACGAAGGUGAAGAGGAAGAGGAGGAGGAGGAGGAAGAAGACGAAGAAGAAGAAGGGUAUAAGGAAGAAGAAGAGGAGGAUGAAGAUGAGGAUGAUGCUGGUGACAGCGGGAUAAGGGGAGGAGAGGAGAGUAACGAGGAGAGCAGGGAGGCAGAAGAAGGAGCAGGGGAGGAUGAGCCAUCCGAAGCCUCCAACGCUGAGGACAAUGUGUGUGGAGCCUCUUCAGACUCGCAGCGUCCCUCUGAGCCGUCCCACAGCAAUGAAGGCAGCAGUAGCGCCACAUCAGAGUCCGAGCCCCCCAGAGACCCUGUACACUUCCCCCCAACCUCCUCCCCCUCUGCACCCUCCCCCUCCUCCUCCAUUACACCCCGCCUGCCCCACCCACGUAGGCCCCCACACCCCCUCCCUCCACGGCUCUACAUCCAACCUCCAGCUCCGGAGCUGGGACCCCCACACACACAGAGACAGUCCUCUCAGCUGCGCAGACCAUCAGUAGGACGCGGACCUCAACUAACCCCUGGAAUAGGCAGUAUGCAACAUUUCUUCGAUGAUGACGACCGAAUGGUUCCCAGUACUCCCACUCUGGUAGUCCCACACCGCACUGAUGGCUUUGCUGAAGCUAUACAUUCUCCUCAGGUAGCUGGUCUGUCCACCAGGUUCAGGUUUGGACCUCCAGAAGACCUGCUGCCUCAGACAUCAGCCUCACACUCUGACCUGGGACAGCUUGCCUCUCAAGGAGGUCUGGGGAUGUACGAGUCUCCUCUCUUCCUGGCUGCUCAUGAUGAAGACGGAGGAGGAAGGAGUGUCCCCACCACGCCUUUACAAGUGGCUGCACCAGUGACGGUCUUCACAGAGUCUCUGCCCUCAGACAGUGGUGACAACAUGGCAUCCCAGUCGGUUCCCAUGGUAACCACCUCCACCGGGAUGGCUUCUGCUGCAGAUGAUGGCGAUGAAGUCUUCAUGGAGCAGGAAGGAGAGGGUCCUGGUAUUGAAUCCUCUAUGGAGAGCCAGACAGACAUGGAGUCAACAGGACAGCAGAAUGAUGAUGCAUCACUGCCAUCUACCAGCCAAGAUCCUGACAACAGCAGUGGUACUCAGCGGCGCACAGUGAGCAGUCUGAUCAGCAGCCUGUCAGGCAGAGGAACCAGAGGAGGGAGAGUCGAGGCCAGGACGUUACUCACCCGCAGAGGUACUUUCUCUCGUGGAAGGGGAGGAGCCAUGGGCAGAGGGGGCAUCGCCUAAUGAUGUCACUAGUAGUAACUCAGUCAAUUCAUCCAAUAAGGGAAUGGAGAGACUAUGCUUAUUUCCAGGAUUAUUUUAAGACGUUCAGUAUUCUCAAAUCUUCUGUCCAGUCAAAAUUCCAUUAAU